ACUCUUUUUGACAUAAUCUCAUAGGUUAAGUAAAUCAAAAAUCUUAGACAAUAUAUCAUACAUUUAAAUAUAUUUUAAAAAGGUUAAAUUAAGUUCACUAGUAAUUCGAAAUGUCGAACUCGUGUAUAGAAAUAGUUGACGACAUAGAAGAUCUUAUAUCAUCGCAGGAUAUAUCUCCAAAAGAAAGAUACAGUAACAAAAAAUAUGUCACUGUACGGGUUAAAAAACAACAAAAGGAGGACAAAACGCCGAUCGAAAAAGUAAUCCUAGAAAGUGUUGUCCCAGGAACUCAAACUAUUUAUGUGAAAACAUGGGGUUGUGCGCAUAAUAAUUCUGACUCGGAGUAUAUGGCUGGACAAUUAGCUGCUACGGGUUACCAUCUAACAGAUAAAAAAGAAAAUGCUGAUUUAUGGCUAUUAAACAGUUGUACAGUAAAGAAUCCUUCGGAAGAUACAUUCAGAAAUUAUAUAGAAGAUGGAAAAGAGAAUGGUAAACAUAUAGUACUUGCUGGAUGUGUUCCGCAGGGCGCUCCAAAGUCUUCAUGGAUGAAUAAUUUAUCUAUGGUUGGUGUGCAGCAAAUCGACAGAGUCAAUGAGGUGGUGGAAGAAACAUUGAAAGGACAUACUGUUCGAUUGCUUGGCCAAAAAAAAAUUAAUGGAAAAAGAGCCGGCGGAGCAUCACUAUCCUUGCCAAAAGUACGCAAAAAUCCUUUAAUUGAAAUUAUAGCCAUAAAUACAGGCUGUCUGAACCAAUGUACAUAUUGUAAAACCAAACAUGCAAGAGGAGACUUGGCAAGCUAUCCUCCCGAAGAAAUAGUUGAAAGAGCAAAACAAGCAUUUUCAGAAGGUGUUUGUGAAAUAUGGUUAACGUCAGAAGACACAGGAACUUAUGGCAGAGAUAUUGGUACAGAUCUUCCAACGCUUUUAUGGAAAUUAGUAGAGGUCAUACCUAAUGGUUGUAGAUUAAGGCUUGGAAUGACAAAUCCACCUUAUAUUUUGGAACACCUAGAGGAAAUGGCAAAAAUUUUGAAUCAUGAUAAGGUUUAUGGAUUUUUGCAUCUGCCAGUUCAAUCAGGGUCCGAUUCUGUGCUGGGUGAGAUGAAGCGGGAAUAUUUUAGGAAAGAUUUUGAACAUGUUGUUGAUUUCCUCCGUGAAAGGGUAUCCGGAAUUACCAUUGCCACAGAUAUUAUAUGUGGAUUUCCUACUGAAACAGAAAAGGACUUUGAGGAAACUAUGGAAUUAUGUGCAAAAUACAAAUUUCCAAGUCUUUUUAUUAAUCAAUUCUAUCCAAGACCUGGUACACCUGCAGCAAAUAUGCAGCGCAUACCUGCAAAUGAGGUUAAGAAAAGAACAAAAAAAUUGACGAAUUUAUUCAAUACAUACGAGCCAUAUUCACACAAACUUGGUGAAGUUCAAGAAGUGUUAGUGACGGAAGUUUCUCACGAUAACAAGCAUUAUGUUGGCCAUAAUAAUUAUUAUGAACAAGUGUUGAUACCAAUGGAUAAAAAAUAUUUAGGAAAAUUGGUGACUGUGAGAAUAAUAUCAGCAUCUAAAUUUUCAAUGUCGGCAGAAGUUAUUAAUGAUGUGGAAAUUAAAAAUGUUACCUUGACAAAUCCCUUAGAGAAAGGAGCAGUAUCCGGGCUUGAACUAAAAUUGGAAAGUAAUCAUCAACUAUUUUUCUAUAUGUUAAUAACACUUUGUUUAGCUAUAACAUACAGAUUAAUUUGGUUCUUACUUUAGUACAUCAAAAGUUAU